AUGAAUAAAUUAUAAAUCUAGUCUAUUCAAUAUUAAACGACCAACAAUAGAACAAAGAUCAAAACUAACAAAAAUAAUGUGCAUCUUUGGACGAGCUCGAAAAUUGCAGUAUUAAAUUUAGAGAUCUUGAUUGGUAUAAUAAAAUAUUUAUGUUUCAAGACCAAUAGAUCAUAAAGGGAUAAGUAAGAAAAAUUAACCUGAUAGAGUCAGAUCAUUUAAUGGUACUGUUUAUUCUUAAAGAAUUAGAAGGAAACUAGAAGAAUUUGAAAUUAUAAGAAUAGGGUCUAAAUAAGAAUAUCUUAUGGGUUAAAGAUAAAUGGAAUGGACAAUUAUAAUCUAUUAAAAAUAGUAAUAGAUUUAUAUAAUAUUUUAUUAAAUGAACAAAAGGUAAGUUUUUGAAUAUUGUUCAAUAACAAUGUUAUAAAGGGUAAUAAAAAUACAAAGAAAAUAAUUUCAUUCUAACAUUCUCUAACUAUAUAAUUAUUUUGAAGAUAAAGAAAAUGUAUAUUUGAUUUUAGAAUACAUAGGUAUUGAUAAAAUAUAAAUUAGAAAAUGGAUCUUUAUUAAAUAAAUUAAAAAAGAGUUUAAACUUAUUUAGGAGUAAAUUAUUUCCAUAAAAAUAAAAUGAUUCAUAGAGAUUUAAAAUAUAAAUUGAUUUGCCAGAGAAUCUAUUGUAGAAUAAUGAAGGGAUAAUAAAGAUUUGUGAUUUUAUUGGAGUGCAGAAAGUUUAACAGAGAAAUGUAUGA